UCAGAAAUCCUUUAAAGGCCGCGGUAUUGGUACCCGUGGUCAGUUUGGGGACCGGUGAGUCGCGGAGUGGGGAGAGCGGGUUGCGGCACUCAAGGCCUGGCUGGAUUUCCGCACCAUCAGAGGUCGGGAAGCUAGAGAGCAGCGGGUGGCUUGCAGAAAAGGAUCUUGUCCCUUCUCCGUCCUCGUGUAGGCCAGGGGCUGCGGGGAUCGAGAGAGGCUUGGCUCGUCCGUCGCUGGGCCCUCCGCUCUCCCCGGAGCCCGGAGGCCGAGAGGAAGCGGCCUGGCGGCUGGGCAGAAAGGACACUCGGACGCCUUCCCCGGGGACCCAGCGCGCGUGCCUGUCCGCUGCGCACGCCCACUUGGCCACCCGCUCUGGUUCGUGUCCUGGAGAUCUCCACGCAGUUCUCCCUGAUGGACAGCUGGUUCUUGUGGUAGGGGAGGUCACAGAAUUCAGUUACAAUGGGGAACGUUUUUGAAAAACUGUUUAAAAGUCUAUUUGGGAAAAAAGAGAUGCGGAUUCUUAUGGUGGGUUUGGAUGCCGCUGGAAAAACCACCAUCUUGUAUAAAUUGAAGCUGGGAGAGAUUGUGACUACCAUCCCUACGAUAGGUUUCAACGUGGAGACGGUAGAAUAUAAAAACAUCAGCUUCACGGUCUGGGAUGUUGGUGGCCAGGACAAGAUCAGACCUUUGUGGCGACAUUAUUUCCAGAACACACAAGGUCUGAUUUUUGUGGUCGACAGUAAUGACAGAGAGCGCGUCAAUGAAGCCCGAGAAGAACUAACCAGAAUGUUAGCCGAAGAUGAGCUCAGAGAUGCAGUUUUAUUGGUGUUUGUGAAUAAACAGUGUCUUCCUGUCGAUGAUUGUUCAGCAGCUAGCUGUGAUUCCGGUGCUCUCAUGAGAGGGAGUAUGUUGGCUUCAUUUUGAAUCUUGGAUUUUGCCAUUGAAUGUAUCAGUUCUCCCUCCAAGUUUGACUUUCUGCAAAUUUGAUAUCAUGACUCAUAAGUCAUCAUCUCAAUCACUGAUAAGACAUAUUGAACGAGAUUAGGGCAUGCCAUCAGAAACCUCCCUCUAGCUUGAUUCAUUCAUGUAUUUGUAUAAAUAAAUAAAUAAACAAAUAUUUACUGAGCACCUAGAAUGUGCUCUGGAUUGGGCACUCUUUGAUUAUUAUUUUUUUUAAUUUAUUCUUUGGCUGUGUUUGGUCUUCGUUGCUGUGCGUGGGCUUUCUCUAGUUGCGGCAAGCUGGAGCUACUCUUUGCAGUGUGCAGGCUUCUCAUUGUGGUGGCUUCUCAUUGCAGAGCACGGGCUCUAGGUGCGAGGGCCUCAGUAGGUGUGGUGCGUGGGCUCAGUAGUUGCGGCGCGUGGGCUCUAGAGUGCAGGAUCAGUAGUUGUGGCACACAGACUUAGUUACUCGGCGGCAUGUAGGAUCUUUCCGAACCAGGGCUCGAACCUGUGUCCCCUGCGUUGGCAGGCGGAUUCUUAACCACUACACCACCAGGGAAGCCCCUGUUUAAUUCUUCAGAUGUGGAUACUCAGCCACCUACAAUUUGGUAGUCACACUUUAAACCUAGCCCUUAUUCUUCAUCUUGCCCAUCAGAAAUCCUGAAAAAUUCUGUCAGGUGCUUUGCUAAAAUUAAGUAUACAAUUUGUAUAGCAGUGCCUCCAUGUACCAAUCUAUUAAUAAGGAAAUGAGGUCAAUUUGACCAAUUACCCUUAAUAAGCCACCUUGGCCACCAGUAACACCUGCCAUCUUUGAUAAGGGCUCAAAACCUAGCUGACUACAGAUCAACAGCAGACAUACCAAUCUGUAAUUUCUAGAAUCCAUUUUCUCCGUCAAAUCUGGGCAUCUCCAAUUUAUCCCCACCCCUCUCAGCCUCCUGAUUUCUCAAGAUUUACCAGUAGGGGUUCUAUAGCAUACUGGAAAUUUUUCAGAUAUAUUUAGUUGGAAUCAAGAGCUCGUGCAAAGCAGCAAGGCUCUCCUUGAGUGCUGCAUUGUCUGUCUUGGGUCCCCAUUAUUCCAUAAUCAUGUUUGUUAACCUUUCCAGGUUGAAUAUUAUUUUCUUUAACAAAGGAAGUGGAAGAAAAUCAGGAGAAAUAAGGCUUUAACUUUUUUCAGUGUUUUAUUAACAUCACAUCGUCUGCCUUGGACUGUUAUUCUUGCUCUGAAAAAAAUUUUAGCUUUUAAAGGCUGCUUUUGUUACAUUUACAUUUUAUUAUAAGCUCUCAUCAUUCUGAGAUUCAAUACUACUACUAAUAUGAAUACCACUUAAUAUUUAUUGAAUACUUACUGCGUUCUAGGCACUGUGCUAAAUGACUUAACACAUAUUCAUCUCAUUAGUAAACAUUUCUGAAACUAUCCAUUCUUAUAAUUUGUCCUUUAGUUUUUCUCAUUCGCAGCCUCUUAAAAUCUGGGUUUAGCCGUGAGCUCCUGGUGCAACCACUUGUGUUUCUUUUCUUUUUCUUUUUUUUUCACUUAUUUAUUUUGGCCACACUGCACAGGUUGUGGGAUUUUAGUUCCUCAACCAGGGAUCGAACCCAGGCCCUUGGCAGUGCGAGUGCGGAGUCCUAACCACUAGACCACCAAGGAAUUCCCCACUUGCAUUUCUUUAAAAGCUGCGUCUCAUUACCCUCUCGUGGAUGGGUGGGUCCUGCCUCUGAAGCCAGAAUGAUCCGGGUUUGGGAGGAGUCCUGCCUUCCAAGACCUGCAGGAGGGGUGGUUCCCUGGGGCUGAAGGGAUGAUGCAAGGUCACGACUCAGGCUAAAUGUUGGCUUUGUAAGAGAAGCGAGAAGCUAAAAAUUAACCAAGGAAGGAUGCAGAAGAUGGAGAAGUAGGUUGAGCAUCGAGACCUAGGCCCUAGGAUGCAGGGAAAAGGAGUCCAAAGGUUAAAGUUUGGGAAGCUGGGCGUGGUCAGGAAGUGGAGGGACAUCAUUCCAGAUGGGGGCUGUACCGCUGUGAGCCCAUCUGUGAAAGUUCAUUUUACUAGUCAGCUUGACUGGGCUAGGGGAUGCCCAGCUGGUUGGUAAAACGGUAUUUCUGGGUAUGUCUGUUGAGGGUAUUUCCAGAAGGGAUUAGCAUUUGACUCCGUAGACUGAGUGAAGAAGAUUCAUCCUCACCGGUGUGGGCUGGCAUCAUCCAUUCUAUUGAGGGCUAGAACAGAAUAAAAACGUGGCGGAAAGGCGAAUUCUUUCUCUUCUUGAGCUAAGACAUCCAUCUCUCCUGGCCUCGGACAUCGGAAUCGGAGGUCCUGGUUCUUGGCCUUGGUCUCCAGGACUUACACCAGGCUGACCCUCCUUUGGCCUUCUUUAUGCCACCAGCUUUCCUGGUCCUCCAGCUUGCAGACAGCAGAUCACAGCACAUCUCAGCCUCCAUAAUUGUGUAAGUCAAUUCCCAUAAUAAAUUUCCUCUCAUAUAUCACUCUAUAUCCUACUGGUUCUAUUUCUUUGGAGAACCCCACUGCACCAUCAUUUCUUCUUUUCAACAAUGAGGGUCAGAAAUGAGUCCAGAGGAGUGGCUCUCUCUACUAUUUUCUUGCUGAGGACUGAGGCCGGCCAUAAACAGGUAGAAACUUACAGGACGCUGUACUUUUAGCAGAAUGAGUCUUUCUUAUGACUUCCCCAGAGCCGAAUUUCCUCACCACUCCUGAAUCUUGACUCUGUUCCAUGCUGUGAUUUGCAUUAAAAAAAUCCUAAAGAUAUAGCCUCCUCGCUGUGCUGUCAACUCUUGGAGAUAAGGGCUCGUUUUUGCAAUCCCUUUGUUUUUGUGAAAUUGCCUCCUACGACCUGGCACUGGGUAGGUGUUUAACAAAUAUUUGGUGAGUUAGUGAAUGAAAUCAAAGUUCUCUCCUUAUGCUCUUCUGGCUGGGUCAUGUAGAGAAAAGUCCCAGGGCGAUAUCAUUUCUAGUUCUUUCUCCUUUAAUGACCUUAGAAAUUCUCCACAACGGAUCCAUUCUCAGAUGUGAGGAUUUCCAGGCAAGUGAUUUGCACACAAAGACUGCUCAAUAUAUGUUACUUGUUCAUCUAACUAAAGACCCCAGAAGAGGCUAACGCCCCAAAGGAGCAAAUAUUUCUCUUUUAGGGCUUCCAUUCCAAAGCAAACAUCAUAGGGAUGAGCAGGCAGAAGGCAACCAAUAAAUACUUGGUGACUAAUUAGGGAGUAUAAAUGUGCAACAGUGGAAAUUAGAAAGAAAAAGAGCUGCAUUAUAGAUAAUCAGAUGACAAAGUUAUCCAGAACAGUAGAAUCUACCUCUGUGAGCUCUGGGUGUAGGAGAGGAAGCGUUGGCUGGCGAGGCCGAUCUUCCUUGUAAUUGGCUUCCAUUAGGAUAAUAUUGCAAUUAGCCUGGGAUAUUAUAGCAGCUACCUUCUAGUCUUGGGACAAACUCCUGGGGGAUUUAAGUUGGGUGGUAAAAGCAGGUUGUCCCAGGAAUAAAUAAAUUCACUGUGAACCACUUCUGAGUCAACCCUUCCCAUGUGGCUAACGGAUGCACAGCUGUCAUUGUAAACUUGACUGGGUCGCUUUGUUUUGUAUCAAUGACACUUAAACACAAGCUCGAGAAUCUGGAUGGCCAAUUAACAGAACAUGGCUCAGGAAAUUCGAAGUUUCAAAUUUCAGAAAAAUCAGUGAGUUUAGACAACUUGAGUAUUUUCUCCUCAUUAGGGCAGACAGCCUCAGCCUCCAAGUUCUGGCUGACGAGGACUUGCUGUGAAGACAGGCACCAAAGAGAGUAAAAAAGAGUGUUCUCAAUUAUCUUGUCAGUUAUUGAGGUGUUUAAAAACUCCGCCUCACCCCCCUCAACAAUCCCACUUAAACAGCUCAAUUUCAUGUGUUUAAUCUGCUGACAGACCCAGGAGAAUGGGCUGUCUGGGGAUGUCUGGUCUCCCUGGCUGGGGUGGGUAUGGUUUGGCAGGUUCAAGGUCCUCUCUGCCCGUGACAGAACCAAGCCACCAAUUCUUGCUCUCUGACCCCUCCAACCAGCAGAUUUUCACUUCAUUCAUCCCAUCUCAUCCACCACACUUCUUCUCUUUCUUCUGUGACAAGAGAGACAGCUGUAGUGCACAGAGUUUUUUUUUUGUCAAAGGGUCUGAGCUGGAAUCCCUGCCUGGCUCCACUGCCAACUAGUUAGGUUCUAGCUUUCUGAGACUCAGUUUCUCCAUCCAUAAAAUGGGUACAAUAAUACCCUCCCGAAUUACUCAGAAGGUUGCUGGAAAGGAGUGGUGACUAUGUGACUGCCCUAAGCUUUAGACAGCUGCCUGGGCGCUGGUUUGUAGCCCACAAUCAUUACCAGACACUGACUGAUGAUCAGCAACCCUUAAGAUCAGCCCCAGUAGCCUCCGUGUUGAUGCAGGGUUCCCUGUAGAUGGCACUCUGGCCCUGAGAGUGGUGCUAGUGAUAAACCAGGGCAGGUGGGACCACACCCGGGAGUUUGGCAAUCCGUGAGUCCAGCCUGGGUUUCCACUUCCUGUACAUCCUGAAUCUGUGCCCGCACGAAAUGUCUCCCACUGCCACCUUUGUUUUCUUGUAGGGCCAGUUAUCUGCUAAAAUCAGCAGUCCUCUAUUUCUCGUUUUCUGCCCUCUCCAGUGGAUGGAGCAGUGGGUGUCCCCGGCCUCCUCUGCCCCCGCCUCUCCUACUUGGCCAUGCCCUUUGACCCCUGUGAACCCCUGCAGCCCAUGAUGUGUCUGCAGCUCCUUCGAUCCCUUUGGGGCAUCUUAGCACUUAGAUGACUCCCGUGGGCUUCCUUCCCCUGUGACAGAGGCUGCCAUCUCUGCUCUUGGAAACAUCCUUGUUCGGACUUCAUUUCUCAUCUCAGAUGAAGCUAUGUAGUCUGAGAAGGUAUCUAAUCCAGUGCUAAAAGAGAGGGGCCCCAGGACCCCUUGCGUCACUAAGAAGACAAAGGCUGAAGGGCAUGGCUUGGCUCCAACAGGUAGGUUAGGUUGGAAUCCCAGCCCACCAGGGGAUGCCCUACACCUCCCUUCCCUCCUGCACGGAGAAAAGAAUGAUACCUGCCCUCUAGGAUGCAGUAACAAAGACUCAACGAGGUGAGUCACGCAGUGGGCUCGACAGAGUGCCAGGCACAAGGUGAUAUUCAGAUGAGGGUGAUUACUAUUCAGUGAGGAGUAGAGGUGAUGGCUUGGGACAUCAGACCAGGGAUUCAAAUAAGGGUGAUUACUAUUCAGUGAGGAGUAGAGGUGAUGGCUUGGGACAUCAGACCAGGGAGAAUACAAGGCCCAGGUAGUGAGGGAGGACCGUGGGAGGGAAGUGAUAGUGGGUUCUGGAGAGGAGGGUUUCUUGGUGGCCUUUGAAAGCCACUGUGGGAACCCACCCUCACUCAGCUGACCCCCUGGGGGCAGCCCGGCUGGCUGGGAUCUGGGCACUGGGCAAAGUGAGCUGACCGUCUGGCCAGCUGUUUUUGUAAAGAGAUGGUGUCCGAGGCUUUGAGAGCCGAGCUCCUUCGACCCACAACUGGCAGUGGAGGCCAAGGCCCCCUGGGGACCACCACACUCCUGAUCGGGAAUGCUCAGGCCAGCAGACUGCAGGAGCCAGUGGGCGCAGGAGCGGGUCUGCAGGAAGCCUGUGCAGAGACCUGAGGGCCAGAGCCUGCGCUGAGCAAACCGCGAGGGCACUGUCUCACCCUCCUGGUCAGUGAUCCCCGUCCCCCAGGGGCGCCAUCUCCUCUGUGUCCCAUGAAGAUCCUUCCCUUUCCCGGCUGCGGCAUUUCUCACACUGCGCGGUUAGAAGAGCGGGUUCUGAGGCCAGGCGGCUCCCCUGUGCAUUAGCAAGUUGACCUUGAGCGAGUUACCUAGCCCUUUUGGCUUCAAUUUCCUCAACUGCAAAAUGGAAUUGUUGUGAGGGUCUAUGGAGUUAAUUCGUGUAAGGUGUUGCAAUAGGGCCUGGAGUUUAACACGUGCCCCGUAUGUGUGAUCCGGAACCACUGUGUGCCCGGGGUCCUCGGUGCUCCCAACACCUCACCUCGUUCUCUCCCAUCUGAAAAUCAAUCUUUCUGUCUGUCUCUCUCUCUUACUCUCCUCUUCCCUUUCCUAGCACAGUUUUCCUUCAACAAACACGUAUGAAGGGCCUGCCACAUGCCAGGCACUGGGGAGGGGAGGGUUUUGGGCCACAGAGAUGGAAUACACAGUGAGUCCUGGACAAGACUCUCCAAAGCUGUGAUCUGUCCGCCCUGCUGCUGUUUUUACCAUUGCUACCAUGGAGCCGGUCACCGCGGCCCUGAAGACUGGUCCAGCCCAGCCCCCACAGAGACAGGGCUGCCCCCGCCCUUAGCCUCCCGGGAGAGCUGGCGAUUCUGCGGAGGGGCAGGGGCCAGCGGAGGUAAGCGUCUGGCUGGGAAUGAAUGGGGCUGGUGGCUGACAGCAUGGCCGUCAGAUCCUGAGCUCCUCAUCCAGGGACAGCGUGCCUCUGCCCUGCUAAUGACAGAGCUGUCACUCACAGGACACCAUGGAAUCAUGCAGGACCAGACACGGCUGUCUCUCCCCUGACAGGGUGACACAUGUCACGGGGGCCUGGGGAGCUCCGAGGGGAGAGUUGGGAUACCCUCUCCCCAAUUGGGUCACACAGAAAUGUCCUUACACACCUCAGUGCCUUUGCACAGGCCGUUCGCUCUGCCAAGCCUGCCCUCCCCUACCUUGGGCCUUCUCCAUCCGAUGGUGACUCACGUGUCCUUCAAGACUCGGUUCCCGGGUCACCUCCUCUGGGAAGCCUUCUUCAGUACCCCAGGAUGGAGGGAAUCCCUACCUUCUCCGCGCUGCUCUGGCGUCCACAGUGGUCAUGGUGAGUGAUGGUUAUUUGUUUAGGUGUUUGUUCCCCUGCCACACACAGUGAGUUCUUGAGAAUAAGGGCCAAGUCUCGGGUGUCUCUGUAUCCCAGGGCCGAGCACAUAGUUGGCACUCCACAAAUGUGUGCUGAGGAGUGGAUUGUUCUUGCUGCCGGUCUCGACACUAAGCAGGAUCCAGUCCCUGCCUGAUGCCUGGCCUAGAGCCACAGAACCGCUUUAGUGAGGGCUUGGGGUUUGGAAGGCCAGCUGGGUAGAAGGAUCAAGAUCAAGGGGAUCUCUUCCUAUUGAGGACCAAAUUUAAGCUCUUUUUUCCUAAUGAACUAGGAGAGACCCGUUUGGAAUUGUCUCCAAAUGUACACGAUGAAUUUGAGCUCAGAGCUAGCUCUUAUUCUCAUCUGAGGUGAUCCACAAAACGUGAACUGCACCCACCAAAGGUGGAAAUGAGACAGGAUCUCCCAGGCAGAAACCCAGGGAGAGUCCUCCCACAGACUACAGAGGGAAAAAACAAAAAGCAGCUUUAUUUCAAUUUUGUAAUCAAAAACAUAAAGUGUUCCGUAUGUUUGAUCUUAAGAUGGAGAAGAGAGAAGAGAAAAUGACAACAAAUGAAGGAAGCAAUUAGGAAAAAAAUUCCUCCCGUUCUUUGUGAUGGUCAGUUAAGGAAGAAAGACAAGGAGGAGGAGAGAACAGGAAGGGGAGAGGAAGGAGGGCAGUGUGCAGAUAAAAUGACAUGAAAGAAGAGAGAGGCCCUGAGAGAGAGGGUCUUUGAGAAAGCCAGAAGAGAUGAACGUAGAAACACGCAUCCCCACAGACACACAGACACAGACUCACAUACACACCCCCACAGACACAGACUCAUACACACAGACACACACAAACACACACAGACACACAUGCACACAAAUAGACACACAGACACACACAUAAACACACAGACACAUACACACAAACACACACACGUUUGAUCUCAUCCAAGAGUUACUUUCUAAAAUUAGUUUUGUUUGUUGUUUUUACCAUUGAAGGGGGCAAUUCUGGAUGUAUUCCUCUGUUGUUUUCUGACCUCUAGAAUGAAAAGUUGCCGAUGAGAAGUCUGAUGCCAUUCUUAGUAUUGAUCUCUUUGUUUUACAGUCUGAUAUUAUCCCCCCCUCUGGAAACUUAAUAUCUUCUUUUAUCUUCAUACACAUCACCAUGAAAGAAGUCUGGGCCUCCAUUCAUUCAUGUGUUGGAUGCUCAAUGGACUUUCAAAAUCUGGAAAUGCAGGUCCUUCAGUCCUGGGAAAUUUUCUAGUGUUAUUUCUUUGAUAAUACAUUCCCUUCCAUUUUCUCUAUUUCCUUUCUUUUGUUGGGCCUCCCAGGUAGAUCUUCUGCUUUCCCUAUUUUUUCUCUCUCUUAUUUUCCAUACUUUUAUUUUUUUCCACUUUCAAAGAUUUUCUUGCCUUUAUCUUCCAAACCCUUCUAUUGACUGUUUUAUUUCUGCUAUCAUAUUUUCAAUAUCUAAGGGUUUGCUCCUUUUUUUUUUCUGAUUAUUCCCUUUUAUACAACAGUAUUUUGAGGGUUCAAUUUACAUACCAUAAAAUUCAUCCAUUUUAAGUGUAUGAUUCAAUGAUUUUUAGUAAAUUUACAGAAAUGUGCAACAUCACCACAAUCCAGUUUGGAUUAUUCCUUCUCGUGUAGUUUUUUGUUCUAGUUUCAUGGGUGAAAUAUGUCCUUUUAUCUCUCUGAAGAUAUUCAUGACCACUUCUUUUUUUUUUUUUUUUUUUUUUUUGCGGUACGUGGGCCUCUCACUGUUGUGGCCUCUCCCGUUGCGGAGCACAGGCUCCAGACGCGCAGGCUCAGCGGCCGUGGCUCACGGGCCCAACCACUCCGCGGCACGUGGGAUUUUCCCGGACCGGGGCAUGAACCCGUGUCCCCUGCAUCGGCAGGUGGACUCCCAACCACUGCGCCACCAGGGAAGCCCGUGACCACUUCUUUGAUGUUUUCUUUCCUCCAGGUUCCUCUCUUUGGUUGGUGAUCAGCUGGUUUCAGCUCGUGUCCAUAUUGCCGAUGUUUCUCAAGUUCUUGGUUAUCCUUUGCAGUCCACUAAUAUUUAAGAGUAAAGUAUUAAGAAGCAUCUGGACAUUCUCUGCACGGGUGUCAUUUGUCAGUUGAUGAGCUUCACCAUAGGAGCUCUAUAGAGGCCAUUUCUUUGGGGUUCCCCAAAUGUCAGUAGCAGGUCUUUUUUAGGGGCCAUUCAAUUUCUCCAAAGAAGAAUCCAGCAGCUACCUCUCUGGGGUGGGGGUGGAUGAAUGGGGUGGCGUUGCAGAUCAGUUGCCAAUAUCCUCAGAGCUGUGUGGCCCUGGGGGCACAACCAUUUGUAGAUAGGGUUUCAUUUAGUCCUCCUAUUUUCCCUCUGGGGCCUCUCUCUACUGUUCCUGUUCUUUUUUUUUUUUUUAAGAGGUAUUUAAUUUUUUAAAAUUAAUUAAUUAAUUAAUUUCUGGCUGUGUUGGGUCUUUGUUGCUGCGUGCAGGCUUUCUCUAGCUGCAGCGAGCGGGGGCUACUCUUCAUUGAGGUGCACGGGCUUCCCACUGCGGUGGCUUCUCUUGUUGCAGAGCACGGGCUCUAGGCAUGUGGGCUUCAGUAGUUGUGGCACGCGGGCUCAGUAGUUGUGGUUCACGGGCUCUAGAACUCAGGCUCAGUAGUUGUGGCGCACGGGCUUAGUUGCUCCGCAGCAUGUGGGAAUCUUCCCGGACCAGGGAUCAAACCCGUGUCCCCUGAAUUGGCAGGUGGAUUCUUAACCACUGUGCCACCAGGGAAGUCCCGAUUUGGGCUUUAGACUCUCAAUUUCUCCACUGAAUAAACCCCCUGCUGGGGUAGGGAAAGGUGAUCACCUAGCUGUACCAAAUGGGUGUGGGGACCUUGGGCAUCUUUCUGCUGAUCCCCCAGUUUCCAGUUGGGCUGAACUUGUCCAGUUUCCAUUUCUACAACUCAUCCUUGUCUUUUGUGGUCCCCGGUCGGUACCUGCAAUCCCUUUGUCUUGCCAAGAUUCCACAGCUUGAACUGGCUCCAUUCUCAUUAGCAUCCCCCCUGUGUAGGCACAUGGUAUUCAGAUUUCUCAGCUCUGAUAAUUCCUCCACCUGCUUUCCAUCUUCCAAAAAUCUGUUGACAUCUUUUGUCUUCUGCUAGUUUUUUUUCUCUUAUUCUUUUCAUUCCUGUGGGCUUAUACCUUUUUUAUACCUUGACGCACAUUUUAGUGGACUUUCAGAAAGAAACAAUGAUAAAUCCAUGUGCUUGAUUUGCCAGGUUUAACCUGUGGGAUUAAAGAUUUUUCAUGCUAUAUUGUGUUUUUGCAGCUAUAGACAUAAGAAAAAACAAGAGGAGGUCUCCUGUAUUCUAUACCAAAUAUGUUACAGAGUCUCUUCUUAUCAGAGCGAUCUUUCUAAUCUGGGUCACUGGUUCUUAAAAAAGAUGUGGGAAACUGAGGGAAAUCCUGAAAAAGGAGCCUUAGAUGAUCAAAGGGAUGGACUUUGGAUCCAGGGGAAUGUUUGAAGGUGUUGGUGAUGUUUAACUGGGAGAGGAGGCUCAGGGAUGGUUUAGUGAUUCAUUUGAAUUCAUUUUCCUUAAAGUGAUUUCUGUCGUGAUGCAUCGCCCGCUCUCCUACUUUGUGUUCGUGUGAACUUCUAAGUUGCCAUGGAAGAGGCAACCUAAACUUGAGAGAGUGGGGGCUGGGGGGAGAGACCACGACUGUAUUAAUCAGGAUAGGUUAGGCUACACUGCGGUAAUAAUUCAAUGCUGGAAUUUCAGUGUCUUAACACAGUAAAAGUUCAUUCCUCCCUAAUUUCUCCAACUUGUCCCUGCUUGGUAGCUCCCUCCAAGAGGUGGCUCAGGGACCCGGGCUACAUCCAUCUCACAGCUGUAUCGUCUGGAAUACACAUUUUUCCCAAGGUUCUGCAGAAGGGGAGAAAGAACUGGAAGUUCAAGCAAGAUGUUUUUAAGGGCUGAGACUGGAAGGGGUUUAUAUCACUUUUACCCAUGACCAUUGGCCAGAACUCUGUCAUAUGGCCCCACGUUACCUGUAAGGAAGGAUGGGAAGGGAGGUCUUCCUGUGUGCUCUGGAGGAGGACGCAGUGUGGUAAGGACGUUGCAUUGUCUUUGCCAUCUGUCUACUAGGUUUUCUGAGGGAGAUGCCAAUAUUCUUAGGGGAAGGGGAAGUAUGGUCUCUGUAUCCACAAAGCCUGAAUGGAGGAAAUGAUGUUCCAUUAAAGUAGGAGGCAGCAGUCAGACUUAAAGAGAACUUUCUUGAUUUUAAGGGAAUCAAACCUUAGAAAGGCAAUUGGGAGGUGACAUCUACCCUUGCAGAUUCCUGAGAAAAGAGGUCCUGGGAGUUGAUGGAUCUACCUGCUUGCGGGAUGAACCAGAUAAUCUUUUGGAAUUCCACCUAAUGCUGGGAUUCUGCUUUCAAAUAUGCAGGCCUCAGAGUUUGUAAAGCUGGAGCACAAGGACCAGGGGUGAUCCAGGUUUUGUGAAGCCUGAAGUUUAUACCACUUUGGGUGCAAGUAGAGGGCCUCAAGCAUAAACUCCUCUGGCCAGGAGAGGCCCAUUGUUCACUGGAACCAAUCGAUUCCCACACACCCGCCCCCAACAGACUUGCUCUUCCAGAUUCUAGAUCACCCUCAUGAUUUUUUCCCAGCUCUUUAACUCAGCAAAAAGUUGUUGAAUGCAUACCGUGUACAAGGCACUGGGCUGGGCCCUUCAGUAUCUGCCUCUGUCGCAGGGCUGAGUUGGGCAUCAGCCCAGGGGGUGUCGGUCCUGAUCUGAGAGGCUCCUGGGUCUGUGCAGGCAGCAUCAGGGCAAAGGAGGAGGGGGAGGACGGGCACAGAAAGCCAGAAGGGAGAGCAGGGCCACGUGUGACCUGGGGACAAGGGCAUUCUUCUGUGGACGUCAAGGCCCUGUGCUUGGAGGAGAAAUCCAUGCUGCUCUCUGUCUUGCUUCUAAAAGGAAAUGUUCCUGCAGAAGCCUGCUGUGGAUUGGGAGGCUCGGCUGUUUCCUGCGGCGCCCCCGUCAGACACAUCACUCCUCUCCAGGGGCUGGAGUAGAAUGUCACCGCAAAGAGUCAGCAGUCUGCGCUCAGACGCUUGGUCUGGAGCCCAGCUGUCAGCCCUGUCCCCACUGCUGUCCCCAGCACUGUCUGGGCCUUUUUGAGCUGAUCAAACUGCGGUGUCUGGGAAACUCCAGAGCAAUGCUAAGUCCUGUAUACAACCUCCAAGUGUUUUCUUUUCUCUUAGAAUUUUUAACCAACAGAGUCACAAGCCAGCAGUGGUUUCUGAGGCCCCCUCUCUAGUCAGAAGACCAGGCCACUGAUUUGCUGGACAACUUGACAGACACUUUCAUCUCCCGGGGCCUCUUUUUCCUCACCUGUAAAAUUGAGAAAAUAACCCCUGUGAAGGGUGAUUUUGGUCACGGUGGCCAAUGUCACUAUGGGUCUGGGGGACAGGAGGGGACAUUGACAUCUCAUAGUUUAUCCUUUGGUCCAGCCGCACAGGUGCUAGCCAGGGGUCCCAAUCAGUUAGGUAGAAUGGAGAUAAUUGGGCAGGUAGGGUUCUUGGAAGCCCCAAAUUUGCUUUAUGGUUUGUGAUGUUCUCACAUGGUUUGCACUGGGCCGUGGCCUGGCAAGGUUGGACGGAAGGAAUAAAAACAAUCAACUUCCUUGAAGUGACUUGCUUGGAAAUUUUUACAUGGAGACACACUGUACUGAACAGACCCGAAAAUGCAUUUUUAAAGCCUUCCUGAUGAAGCAAAUGCAAAACUACUCACGUUAGCUAUACCUCCAUGGAAGAGGACUCUUAGGGAAAGAAGAGAGGUUUUCUCAGCCAGAGAAGGUGGGCAGAGGAAGAGGCGGGGGAGAUGUCAGGGUGGCCAGAGAAGGCGUGGGGAGGCUGAUUUGGGGUCUCCUCCAGGGUUCACUAUGACACCGAUUUCUACCCAGAAGCCUCAGAGCCCUGCCCUCUGCUGUUUACACUAGUUGCUUCCCAAACUUCUUGGGUGGACGUCUAAUUUGGGGUCUAAAUGACUUUGGGGCUUCAUUGAUGGACUUUGGGAGAUGCCAAACCAUUGAUAUAUGCAAAUUUCCUGUACGUGAAAAAGUUUCACGUGGCUGGGCUUCGAAUUUUUUCUGCAAAGAGGGGCCUGACUUCUCUCCCGAUUCUCCCACGGGUCAGGACCCAGGACAGAAACCCUCACUCUAGACCAGUGGUCUCCAACCUUUUUGGCACCAGGGACCGGUUUCGUGGAAGAUAAUUUUUACACGGACUGGGGAGGGGUGGGAGAAUGGUUCAGGCAGUAAUACGAGCCAUGGGGAGCGGCAGAUGAAGCUUCGCUUGCCGUCUGCUCACCUGCUGCCGCAUGGCCCGGUUCCUAACAAGCUGCGGUACCAGUACUGGGGGUUGGGGACCCUUGCUCUAGACCAUGCUGGGGGCCAGAGAAAGCAGGCAGCUGGGUCACUGGGAGGGUGGGAAAUAUAGGCCACUCCCAACUUUAGAGGGAGAUGGGGUACCCAAAAGAAGAUGGAAACUUGAACCUCAGAAUGCAUUUUCCUCUAAGAGGCCUGCCCCUGUGGCAGUGACGCUCCCUGGCAAGUAGCAAGAGCCUCCAAUGUAUGGACCCAUUCAGAGCCCCUGACUGGGACCCAAUGUGAGCCUGGGACUGUAUUGGGUGUGGGGCACAAGAGGAAGAUUAGACAUGGUUUUUGUCUGCCCGUGUGGGACUCUCAAGUCUAGGGGCCUAGGUGCCCAGAGAAAUGACAAUGCGAUGUGGUAAGUGCUAUAAAGGAAGGUAAAGAAAGGUCAGGCCACACCGAGGGAGGAAAGGUUAGCUCAGUCUGGAAGCUGGAAGGCCACCUAGAAGUGGGAGCGCCAUGGGCCUUAGGGCCAAAAAGACUGGGGUGUGAGACCAGGCUGUGUGACCUCUGAGAACCUCAGUUUCAUUUUCAGUGGGAUGUAAUGAGAACUAUUUAGAGUUGUUGGGAGAGUCAGAUGAAGUCGUGGUCACGCAGCACCUCCCUGGAUUGGACCUUAGAGUGGGAUUUGGCUUUUGGAAAGACCUAGGAGCAGCAAGGGCAGCAUGGGUAGAGGCAUGGCUCAGGAGGGUACAUUGCACUGACUCAGCAAUGCUUCCCACUUGGAGAGACUGCUCCCUUUUGAUGGUCCUGCCUGCUGUGGAUUCAAUGACUCAGCAAUUCUUGAUUCGAUGAUGCAGCAAUUCAAACAUUUGUGCAUACUGGUGAUUAAGCAAGAGGACUGUUUAUAAGAUAGGGCUACCGGCAAUCAUAAUAGUUGUCGGUUACAAUGAAUGAGAGCUUCCUACGUGCCAGGCCCUGCAUGGUGUCUGUGGAUUAACUCACGAUCAUUUGAUCAUGUGAAGCGAAGAGAUUGGGACAACCCCCUCACCAGAGGCCUCCGGUCACCUUCGGUUCCAGUUCAUUCCUGCCCCACCCCCAUCCUCACCCAAGCCUCCCCACCCCUGCCCCGCAUAAGCCAUGAUCCUCUCCUGAAAGUCCUAGGUCAAAGCCAGGAGGGACUCUGGAGAUAUGCCUCAUUUUAUAGAGCAGGAAACUAAAGCCCUUGAAAGGAAAGGAUGUGUUUUCUAGACCACAGAAAAAAGCCUCAGAGCCUAGCAGGUGCUGGAUGGAUCUAGGCAGGGGGCGGGGGUUAGCUUGAAUUUAAAGCCCACAUGAUCUGGGGUGGAGGUCUUCUGGGUAAGGUCAGACCGGUGAUACGCUGGGCAUCCAUGUGUUCCCCAGAUUCACAUCCGGGCCACUCCUUCCGAGCAGCCCUUGUCUUCAGUGACCCAGGCCACCUGGUUUCCCCUCAGGUCAAGCAGCUGAGGUGGGAGGCCCAGGCCUGUCCAGGGCUCCAUCUCGGGCCUUGUGGACGCAGGAGACAUGGUCUGGGUGCCGUGGACAUGGUGAAGUGUGAGGUGAUGGGAGCUGCUCACUGCAACACUGUGUGAGGGACCAAACUCUCACCCACCUUGCGUCCAGCCUCGGUUCUUUUGGGGAUAUACCUAGGAGCGGAAUUGCUAGGUCAAAUGGUAACUCUGGGUUUACCUUUUGAGAAACUACUAAGCUGUUUUCCACAGAGGGUGCACCAUCUUACAUUCUCACCAGCAAAGUACAAGGGUUCCAGUUUCUUCACAUCCUGGCCAAAUUUUGUGAUUUUUAAAACAAGAUUCUUUUUCCUCUCUAACAGCGGCCCCUGCAGGGUCACCCCCAGCACGUUUUGUUCUCUUUAGGGCCUGAUCUCAAAUGGCCCCAUUCUCACUCCCGAGUCUCCUCAGCCCAAGUGUCGCUGCAGUAACUCAGGAACAAGGUGCUAAGGCAGCAGUUCUCAAAUUUUGCACAAGAUCCCCUGGAGGGCUGUUAAAACACAGGCCGCUGGGCCACACCCCUACAGUUUCUGAUUCAGUAGGUCUGGGCUGCGGCCCUGGAAAAUGCAUUUCUAACAAAUUCCCAACUGGUGCUGACGCUACUGCCAGGGGACCGAUCUGAGAACUAGGCUUCAAGGUAGUACUUCGUACAUUUUGUCCUAGGAGGUCCCUGCUUUGUCCUUUCCCUUCCUUAUUUAUAUAACAGUAGCACCCCCAUACCUCAAUUAUACUUUAAACUCCCCCUCCCCCAGAUCUUGUGAGGCUGGGGGUGGGGAGGGGAGGGGACAGGAGGGCAGUGAUUCUUCCUCUUCUCAGUUCUCAGACCCUCAGCCCAGCCGCGCUGCUCCAUCUAGAAAGCGAGUGUCCCCUGGCUGCCAGCAUCACAAACAUUGAGGUCCCAGUGUGGCCUUGGACCAGCUUCAGUUGGCUUUCCACUUUGGAUCUAUUCUUGGUGAGAGACUGAUGUCUCAUUUAGUGUGUUAAAUGGAUGUUGGGAGUUGAGUGUGAUGAAGAUUGCCCUGGGAAUACUCCCCCGAGGCCUGGUGUGAGGGAAGAAGACCAAAAGCCUAGCCUCUCUUCUGGGGUGAAGGGCCUCUCAUCUGGGCUCCCCUCCCCCCAACUCUAGCAUGGAGACCUUGACCAACUGUUGGCUCCUGGAUUUGGCAAACAGAUUCCGGCAUCUCAGCUCCAGCCUGGCUGCCCACUUUGCACGACAAAUCACUUCCUUUAUUUGGGCCUCUGUUUCCCCAUUGGUAAAACGAAAGACUCGACUACAGCAAUCGUUUUCAAAGCGUGUCCCACAGAACCCAGGGUUCUGCUGAGGGUCAAGGUAUGUGUCAAAUCCAUCACCUCUGCUUAAUUAGAGUGGCCUCACUUGCCUUUAUGUCUUCGGGUUCUAUAUAAACAUCUUGAUCUCCAGUGGCCUCGGCCUGCAGCAUCUUGAAGCAGGAUUUCGGUUCCCUGGCCAGAGACUGAAGUCAGGCUGCAGCAGCGAGGGCGCUGAAUUCUAGCCACCAGAUCACCAGGGACCAGUGGCCAGUGAUGAUAACCUGACCUGUCGGCUUUGUAGAAAUGAAUUCCCACAAAGAGACAGAAAGUAGUGAAACAAGUAAAGUGUUUAUUAGAAGGAAAAUGGGUAUGUGUGAAUAGACACACAGGGGCGACUCAGAGAGAGAGUUGCGCCCUCGUGGUAGUUUGAAUCACUUAUAUGGGGCAUUUCUUCUGGGUUUCCUUUGGCCAAUCAUCUUGCUUUGCCUGGUUCUGAGUCCAUAUUUGGUUUAUCUCAGGAUCCUCCCCUGUGUACGUGCGCAUCUCUCAGCCAAGAUGGAUUCUAACGAAGAGGCCUAUGGGUAGGUUGACAUCACUUACUAUGGGGGAGGUUGACGUCCCCUCCCGUUUUGACCUCCAAGGAGCCUUUCUGCUCAUGUGGAGUCGGGGAGGUCUCCUUGACUUUGAGAAUGAGAAAUAUGUGGUCUCUUAUCCGGGCAGGGCUCAGCUCCUCUCUCACUCUUGCUAUUAUCUUCAUCUUGGAGUAUCUGGGGCCCACCUAUCUCCUGCCUCAAUCUCAUUUGGAAGACCAAAUUUCUGCUGCUGAAAAGUAGUUUGAAAAUCACCGGCUUAGAUGGUCUUGAAGCUUCUCCCCAUUCUGGUUUUAUCUUCUAUAUUCUGUAGUUCUCUGGCCUCUGUAUCUUUUUUCAAGUCCAACCUGUGUGUGACUCAACCUUGAGAUGUUUCCUUGAGCUUCUGAAAUUCGGUGCUCAGGAAGUGUGUUUCUUCCAGGACAGAUGUGGGGGGCAGGCCUGGCAGGUUGGCCUCUGUUCCAGUCGACUGAUCUGUUUAGGGGGGCGUCUCCAGGCCAGGUGGGAGGGGCUGGGGUGGGGAAGGAGGUUUGAGUGGACACCAAGAGCCUGUCAGUGUGUGUGUGUGUGUGUGUGUGUGUGUGUGUGUGUGUGUGUGUGUUUUCUACUAAGAAGAAGCCAUUUGCAAAGGAGUAGGAACCCAUUUCACAGCCCCUGUGACAGGCCUAUGUGAAACCAGCAGACUCCCAGGGCCAGGGAUGGUGAGAGGGUGAGAGUGAAGGUCGAGGGGGAGCCAUCCAUGAGGGUGUUUUCUGGAUAUCAAACUGACCUCCCUCGAGUGAAAUUGGUACAGGGCAGCCAGUAAGCAUGAUUAAAGAGCUGUCAUCAGGACAGAAAAAGGCAUCCAUGGAAUACUUCUUUGAGAGCCAGAAAGGUGGUAGGAAGAUGGUAAACGUCACUGAAUUGAAGGAGCUGAGGCCAUUUCUCCUGGAGAAGAGUAGGCAGGGGGUUGGGGCAGUCAGGGGGAGCUAUCUAUUACCAGGCUCAGGUACAUAAGGUUGAGUAUCCUUAUUCCUGGGAAUGUGAUGCACAGUCUUCUGGAGUGACCGUGAGAGAGAGGUAGGGCUAAAUCAUUUUACAGACCCUGAAGCCGCAACUGAAGGCUUCUCAGGCUGGAAUAUAUUAUGCGUGGGAGCACCUCCUGUGAUUCGCCAUAAAUCGUGGCACCAUGGCCACUCUGAAGACACUGAAAAUAUUCAAAGGGGAGAAGGAGCAAGGGAGUUGGAUGACAGGAAUGUGUGUAUGAAGGGAGUGCCCAGGCAAGGGAGAAACAGGCAGCUGUGGUGAGAAUAACGCUCCCAGCCAGGACCCAGGUUCUAGCCCUGCCCUGGCAUUCCUUAACUGCGGAAAUUUGGUCAAAGGCCCUUACCAUGUAGAAGAAAGGGCUUUGCAGCCAGACAGAGCUGGAUUUGAAUCUUAGCUCUACCAAUUCUCAGCUGGAUGACAUCGGGCAACUUAUUUGAACUCCCAAGUCUCAGUUUCAUUAUCUGUAAAGUGGGAAAUAAUAAUACCUGUGGAUGUCACCAUGUUUGUUGCCCAUCCAAAACCUAAUCUCUCCUUUUUCCUUAGAUUUUGUUUAGAUGGAACAUGCUCUGGGAAGGAGGGUCCCUCCUGAAAUUUCAGUGGAUAAAGUACAAUUGGUCUACUCCAAGCAUGGUCAUGUCAUUUUCUUUUUGUUAUUGAUUAGUUUCAGGGUGGGCAUGUGACCCAGUUUUAGGCAAUGAGAUAUAAAGGGGAGG